AUGCCAAAGACACAAGCAAACAAAAAGAUUGAGACAGAGCCAGCCAAGGAGAAGGCCAAAACCUCACAAGAAAUCAAGAAAGAGAAGAAUAAAAAGUGCUGGGUAAAUUGGGAUGAGUUGGAGGAGAACAUUCCCAUUCCCUCUGAAUGCAUUCAUUUUGAAUUGAGAAUAACACUGCAAUUGGACUGGUUGGGAGACUGGUCUUCACGACUCCACCCAAUACUAAUCGAGAGCACACUUCACCCUAUACUCGGUCUAUCACUCACAAAUUGUCCAAUCACCUCUGAGGUAUCACGUUUAACGGUAACACCACCUAGACCUUCACCAGUAACUGCUGAAGCAGCAAUUAUUGAGGCUUUGCACUUCGAGGCAACUGCUGCUGACUCUUUAGCCUUGGUCUUGGUAGUACUUCCACUUUUAUCACCUUCAUCACCUGCUUCACCCUUCAAUAUUCCACCUGAGAGACUUGAUUCUUGCACAUUUUCUGCCAAUCUCUUCAACGAUGGUCUUCCACGUGGUCUUCGUGCAGGUGGUUCCACGGUGGUCAGUGUGUAUGAUUUCCAUUGGCCCCAGGAGGAGUCUCAACUGCUUCUACUGAUUCACACCACCGACGUCUGA